AUGCGCGGAAUAACAUUGGUAAAAAUGCUCGGAGUUGGCGUGGUCUGCUGUGUCGGCGGUCCUGCUCUGGUUAUGUGGGUCCAGCCUGACCCGGACGAACUGUUCAAGAAAUACAACCCGGAACUUCAAAAGAAAUCUCUGGAAGGGCGCGAGCAGAGGUUGAAGGACCAUGAAGAAUUCAUCACUAGGCUUAAAGCUUAUUCCAAGGAUGAAAGGCCAGUCUGGGUUGUUGCUGAAGAAGAAAGCAAGAGACAGCGCCAACUCCUGAUAGAUAACAAAAAGCGCCAACGAGAGGAAUUGGAGAGACAAAAACAACAGAUCUUAGAGGAGCAAAAGAAGAUGUGA